GACAACACGCAGCUGGAAGUGCAAGGGUCAAAAAUCAACAUUCAACAGUCAUUUGUUAGCAUGAAUUAAAACGAGUCUUGAAACGCAAACUAUAAGCAAGUAGGCGUCGCUUCAGGCAGGCUGGUCCUACCUCCUCCUUUCUGGGCAGGCCCCACGAAUUGAACACCGAGGCAGGAAUAGCCAGACAGUAAGGAGCGAUUAGCUACGCCUGUCGCCGCUGGCUCCACUGUUUCUUGGUUGUCAGGCGGCCGUGGAAAGAUAACCUGCGACUGGGCGGGCUGGGAGAGGCUGGGAAAUGAGCCACGGAGAAGAUCCUGACAAACCUUUAAGACUGCAAUGACAAGUCUGGACAAUAGCCAUGCAGAGAAAACACAGCAAGCCUCUUCCAAACAGUCUGCACCAAAGGUGCAGGUCCAGAGAUCUGUCUCCCGAGAAACCAUCACCAUUCACUUCUCGGCUUUUGGGAAGGAAGAGGAAGAGGAGGAAGAAGAAUUUAAGGAGCCACUUGAUGAAGAGCUGGAUGACCAAAGCAUUGUAACCGCAGAAGAAGCAAAGGAAGACCUUGACCUUGAACCCAGUUCUGAUUUGAUUUCUGGUCCUGCUACAUCACUCAAAAUGGCAGUGACACAGUCUUCAUCUUUACCAACAUCAUCUUCAGCUAAGCCAACUGUAAACACUGCCCUGGCCAUCGAAACACCUCCUGCGUCAAAGACAAGUAGCACAGUUCCAGUAACACUGUCCUCACAAACUUGUCCUGUGGCAAAUGCAUCCUCAUCCACAGAACAGAAAACAUCAUCAGUCUCUUCCCCAUCCAGAUCUACUGCUUCUUCUAGUGGUGCAUCAGUACCCGCUAUUGCCAACCCAAAACCUCUUCAGACUUUAGUUAAGUCCCUCUCGACAGAGGUCGAGACAAAAGAACCAACACCGCCUGUACGGCAUAGAAACUUAAUGAAAACUCUAGUAAAAUCUUUGUCGUCCGAUACUUCUAAACAGGAUUCCGAGGCUGUGUCAUACAAACCACCUGACUCAAAAUUAAACUUACAUUUGUUUAAGCAGUUUACUCAACCUCGUGGUACUGGUGGGGAUUCCAAAACUGCUCCUUCGUCGCCCAUAACCUCCCCUUCAGAUGGCCGCUACUUUUUUAGGGUAACAGAGGUAGAAGCAAGAAUUGAAGACACUAAGAGACGCCUCUCAGAGGUUAUAUAUGAACCUUUACAGCUUCUAAGCAAAAUUAUGGGCGAUGAAUCGUCAAGCUACAGGCCCAAAGCCUUAUCUUCAAGUGCUUCAGAGCUCACAAACCUUUCCAGCUUGAACGGACAUUUAGAAAGCAAUAACAAUUAUAGCAUAAAAGAGGAAGAAGGAGAUUCUGAAAAUGAUUAUUGUAUUGGUGAUCCUGUAAAGGAUGAGAAGUUGAAAACUCCGGAAGAACAUUUGAAGGAUAUAGAUUGUAAAGUCUCACAGCUUUCAAAAGACACGGACUUCAGGACAUCAGCUUUGGAACUUGAGAAAUGCUCUUUAUCUGCAUUGGCAAGUAAAGAGGAUGAAGAGUUCACUGAACUGUAUUCAGAAGACUUUGAAUUUGAUGAGGAUAAUGUUGAACAUGUAGAUAGCCCUGACGAACAUAACAGAAAUGGUACAUUUUCUGAACAAGAAGUAGACUUGGUGAAAAAAACUAGUAUACCCGUGAAAACAUUAUACUUUUUAGUUUUAUUUGUAUAUGGUUACCAUAUACUUCCCCUCCCAAGUUAUAUAGAUGGACUUUGUUUGGGAGUUGCCUUUGGAUUUAUGUUUGCUCUCAGUAUAAUUUGGCUUUUUUCAUCUCCACGUUCUCACCAAUCUAAACUUUAUCAACGUCAAGAACUGUUGAACCUGGAACCUUUGCAAAUUGAUGAACCUGAAAUAUUGAAGGGAUGGAUGAAUGAAAUCUCUAAUUAUGAUCCUGAGACUUACCAUGCCACAUUGACGCACUCUGUAUUUGUUCGGCUUGAAGGAUCCACAUUACGAUUGUCUAAACCCAACAAAAAUGUCUCCCGGAGAGCAAUAUUCAAUGAAAGUAAACCAGAGGUUACCUAUGUCAGCCAGAAAAUAUACGAUCUUGUAGACAGCAAAGUUUACCUUGUACCCAAGAGCUUAGCCCGCAAGCGAGUAUGGAACAAGAAGUAUCCAAUCUGCCUUGAACUUGCCAGACAGGAUGACUUCAUGUCCAAAGCCGAGUCAGAUGGCUCAGAAGACAAAUCUCUUGUCGAGAAAGGAGACCAUCUAGCAGAUGAGAGUAAGAAGCAGAUCGUUGCCCAGGAUGGCACUAAACCUACGGGACACAGGGAGCAAGUGCUUUAUCUUUUUGGGAGGACUGGCAGGGAAAAGGAAGAGUGGUUUCGAAAGUUUCUUCUCGCCUCCAAAAUGAAGUCUGAAGUUAAGAAGUCAUGUAAUGCCCCUGGUAUAAAGUCAGGACUUCUAAUGACGCACAGCCGGAACAGCAGCAAAGGAAGCAUGGAUGAAGUCAUGUCACAGCCGAAGCCGAAGGAGCUCUCUGGGACUAUCCGGCAAAAAAUACUGUUGGAUUACAAUGUUUACAUGGCAAAGUGUGUACCGCAGGAGGAGAAAAGUCCCGAGGAAAGUCCUGUACCGAGUGCCAACAGUAGCCCCACUGCGGUGAAGAAGAUUCCCGGAGUGCAGCCGGCAGGAGAGGAACAGCAGACCUGGGUCAACUCCUUGUUAGGAAGGAUGUUCUGGGAUUUUUUGGGAGAAAAGUAUUGGUCUGACCUGGUAUCCAAAAAGAUCCAAAUGAAACUCAGUAAAAUAAAGCUGCCAUACUUCAUGAAUGAGCUAACACUAACUGAGCUUGAUAUGGGCGUUUCUGUGCCGAAAAUCCUUCAAGCCUUCAAACCAACCAUUGACCACAGAGGUCUCUGGACGGAUUUGGAAAUUUCCUAUAAUGGGUCUUUUCUUAUGACUCUGGAGACCAAAAUGAACCUGACCAAACUGGGGAAAGAACCACUUGGAGAAGCCUUGAAAGUUGGAGAGAUUGGUAAAGAAGGUGCUAGGCCAAGAGCGUACUAUCUUGCAGACAGCGACGAGGAAUCCUCCAGCGCCGGGUCAUCGGAUGAAGAUGAUGCUCCAGACUUAACAGGAGACAAACAGCUUACACCUGGGGCAGAGGGCUACGCAGGACCACAUCGAACAAGCAAGAUCAUGCGGUUUGUGGAUAAAAUAACCAAGUCAAAAUAUUUUCAGAAAGCAACCGAGACUGAAUUCAUCAAGAAAAAGAUAGAAGAAGUCUCCAAUACACCUCUGCUGCUAACCGUGGAGGUGCAGGAGUGCAGAGGAACCCUUACAAUUAACAUUCCACCUCCUCCUACAGAUAGGAUAUGGUACGGAUUCCGAAAACCGCCAUAUUUGGAAUUGAAAGCUCGGCCUAAGCUUGGCGAACGAGAGGUGACCUUGGCCCAUGUUACUGAAUGGAUAGAGAAGAAAUUAGAACAGGAAUUCUUGAAAAUAUUUGUCAUGCCAAACAUGGAUGAUGUUUAUGUUAACAUAAUGCAUUCAGCAAUGGACCCACGUUCCUCAAAGGAAGCAGAAUCAGACGUUGCAGAUGGCUCCAUAAAAUGUGAAGAGCGGCUGUUUACAGUAUUGUUUAUUUGCAUAUUUUUAUUUGUAAGUUUUUUCGCUGUAUUUUGUUCUCCAAAACCGGACCUCUGCAGGUUCAAAGUUAGCCAACAGCAGUUAUCCUAUGAUUUAGGUGCAAAGAACACUAACUGAAAAAUGUAUUAGGGAAUUCCAAAAAUAAUUCUAUUGUAGUUUGGUUUCUCACCAUUAUGCCAACAAAUCAUCUUUAUGUAGAUUUAGCUAUAGAGAUGUCAUUGCAAUGUGUAUUUGUCACUUUUACACAGCUGCUUCUUUCUGGGACCGGACAACAAGCAUUAGAAAACCCCACUUAACUGCAUGGUGGUCAGGCCAUGUUAAAAGCAGUGCUUAGUAUAGCAAAAGAAUAACUGCAUAGUAUAGCAAAGAAUAACUGCAUAGAUUAAAGGAGGGCAAAAUUGGCGUGGACUUUUGCUAAUGAUCAUUUGUACAUAUUGUACUAGUGGAGCCGGGUAAAGCUUUCCUUUAUGUACAUAACUACCUGAUUGUCACAUAAUUAUAUAUGCAGUUACAGCUUGUACGCAUAAUAAGAGGGAGUACAUGUUGU